GCGGGUCCGGGAGCUGUGGGUGCCGAUGGAGGCCGACGUGGCGGCUGCGGCCGCGGCCGCGCCUGCGGCCGGCCACUCCGCGCCUGGCCAGGAGCUCUUGGUAGCCUGGAAUACCGUGAGCACCGGACUGGUGCCGCCGGCUGUCCUGGGGCUGGCCUCCUCCCGGACCAGCGGCGCGGUCCCGCCGAAGGAGGAGGAGCUCCGAGCGGCGGUGGAAGUCCUGAGGGGCCACGGUCUGCACUCUAUCCUGGAGGAGUGGUUCGUGGAAGUGCUGCAGAACGACCUGCAGGCCAACAUCUCCCCCGAGUUCUGGAAUGCCGUCUCCCAGCGCGAGAACACUGUCGACGAGCCCCAGUGCCUUCUGCUGCUCCUGGACGCGUUUGGUCUGCUAGAGAGCCGCCUGGAUACCUACCUGCGCAGCCUAGAGCUCCUGGAGAAAUGGACUCGCCUGGGUUUGCUGAUGGGCACUGGAGCUCAAGGGCUUCGGGAAAAGGUCCAUACCAUGUUGCGGGGAGUCUUAUUCUUUUCCACACCCAGGACCUUCCAGGAGAUGGUCCAGCGCCUCUACGGGCGCUUCCUGCGAGUCUAUAUGCAGAGUAAGAGAAAAGGUGAAGGAGGCACAGACCCCGAACUGGAGGGGGAAUUGGACAGCCGCUAUGCCCGCCGCCGCUACUACCGGCUUCUGCAAAGCCCUCUGUGUGCGGGAUGCGGCAGUGACAAGCAGCAGUGCUGGUGCCGCCAGGCACUGGAGCAGUUCCACCAGCUCAGCCAGGUCCUGCACAGGCUCAGUUUGCUGGAGCGGGUCAGUGCUGAGGCAGUUACCACCACCCUGCAUCAGGUGACCAGAGAGAGAAUGGAGGAUCGCUGCCGAGGCGAGUAUGAGCGCUCCUUUCUGCGGGAGUUCCACAAGUGGAUUGAGAGGGUGGUCGGCUGGCUUGGCAAGGUGUUCCUGCAGGACGGCCCCGCCCGGCCGGCCUCACCCGAAGCUGGAGGCACUCUGCGCCGCUGGCGCUGUCACGUGCAGAGGUUCUUCUACCGGAUCUAUGCCAGCCUGCGCAUCGAGGAGCUCUUCAGCAUCAUCCGAGACUUCCCAGACUCCCGACCAGCCAUCGAGGACCUCAAAUACUGCCUGGAGAGGACUGACCAGAGACAGCAGCUGCUUGUGUCCCUCAAGGCUGCCCUGGAGACUCGGCUCCUCCACCCUGGCGUCAACACGUGUGAUAUCAUCACGCUCUACAUCUCUGCCAUCAAGGCUUUGCGAGUGUUGGACCCCUCCAUGGUCAUCCUGGAGGUGGCCUGUGAGCCCAUCCGCCGCUACCUGAGGACACGGGAGGACACGGUGCGGCAGAUCGUAGCUGGGCUGACGGGAGACUCGGAUGGAACUGGGGACUUGGCUGUUGAGUUGUCCAAGACUGACCCGGCCAGCCUGGAAACGGGCCAGGACAGUGAAGAUGACUCUGGAGAGCCUGAGGAUUGGGUUCCCGAUCCGGUGGAUGCAGACCCAGGGAAGUCGAGCUCCAAGCGGCGCUCCUCGGAUAUCAUCAGUCUGCUGGUAAGCAUCUAUGGCAGCAAGGACCUCUUCAUCAACGAGUACCGCUCCCUGUUAGCCGACCGCCUCCUCCACCAGCUCAGCUUCAGCCCGGAACGGGAGAUCCGCAAUGUGGAGCUGCUGAAGCUGCGCUUUGGUGAGGCCCCGAUGCACUUCUGUGAGGUCAUGUUAAAGGAUAUGGCAGACUCCCGCCGGAUCAACGCCAACAUCCGAGAGGAAGACGAGAAGCGGCCUAUAGAAGAGCAGCCGCCGUUUGGGGUCUAUGCUGUCAUCUUAUCCAGUGAGUUCUGGCCCCCCUUCAAGGAUGAGAAGCUGGAAGUUCCUGAGGACAUCAGGGCCGCGCUGGAAGUUUACUGCAAGAAGUACGAGAAGCUGAAGGCCAUGCGGACCCUCAGCUGGAAGCACACGCUGGGCCUGGUCACCCUGGACGUGGAGCUGGCCGACCGCACGCUGUCCGUGGCCGUGACGCCGGUGCAGGCUGUGCUCUUGCUGUACUUUCAGGACCAAGCCAGCUGGGCCUUGGAGGAGCUGAGCAAGGUGGUGAAGAUGCCGGUGGGACUGCUGCGGCGGCGCCUGUCCGUGUGGCUGCAGCAGGGCGUGGUGCGGGAGGGGCCUCCGGGCACCUUCUCUGUCAUCGAGGAGGAGCGGCCCCAGGACCCCGACAGCAUGGUGCUCAUCGACAGCGACGACGAGAGUGACUCGGGCCUGGCCUCGCAGGCCGACCAGAAGGAGGAGGAGCUGCUGCUCUUCUGGACGUACAUCCAGGCCAUGCUGACCAACCUGGAGAGCCUCUCCCUGGAGCGCAUCUACAGCAUGCUCCGGAUGUUCGUGAUGACCGGGCCCGCGCUGGCUGAGAUCGACCUGCAGGAGCUGCAGGGCUACCUGCAGAAGAAGGUCCGGGAUCAGCAGCUCACCUACUCGGCCGGCGUCUACCGUCUACCCAAGAGCUGCAGCUGAGGCUCUGCCCGGGGGGGGGGGGGGGGGGGGAGCACUGAUGUACGCAGUCCCCACCCCCACAACCCUUUCCCUGUACCGCUGCCAGUCCUUCCCUCCUGGCCCUGUAUCCUUGCCCUGCUCCUCCUCCCCACACCCCUGCCCUGCUCCUCCUCCCCAUCCUGCCCUUCAUACCCACACCCCUGUCCUGAUCCUUAUCCCCUACAUCCCUGUCCUGCCCCCCCCCACUUCUGCCCUGCCCCUCCUCCCCACACCCCUGCCCUGUCCCACAACUCCUGCCCUGCUUCCUCAUCCCCACAUCCCUGCCCCCAAUCCCACACCCCUGCAUGCAAUACAA